AUGAUCAGUUCCUGUGCAAUCAAAGUUGUGUUCAUCUUAUCUGUGAUAGGAAUUAUUAUUUAUAAAAAGUUUUUCAAGAAACCAUCUAUUCGUGCAAAACCAGAACCUUAUAAAAAAGAUUACAACAGGGGAACUGUUUACUUGUAUCAAUUCAAAAGAACCAAGAAAUGCCCGAAUCUAUCACCAUUUUGCAUGAAAGUUGAGGUUUUAUGUAGAGCAUACAAGGUACCAUAUGAGAUAUGUGAUGAGAAACUUAUUUGGUCGAGAAACGGAACAUUACCAUUUAUUGAAUUAAAUGGGGAGCAUAUUGCUGAUACAGAUCUUAUUGAAGUGCGACUUCGCGAGCAUUUUAAUAUUUCGUCUUUACCAAAAGAAAAAGAAGCACAAUCUGUUGCUAUUACCAGAUUAGCUGAUAAUCAUUUAUUCAAUGUUCUUCUUCGAUACAAAACUUCUGAUAAUGAUUUUUAUUAUACCCUACUUGGAAACAUGGGUGUUCCAAAGAUCCUUCAACCAAUUUGUUUACCAUUUAUCAAAGCAGCUUUCGUGAAAAAGGCAUAUGAGAGAUCAACUCGAGCAAUUGGAGAUUUCGAACAAACUGAUUUGGAUGAUAUUUUACAUAGAGAUCUUCAAACUAUUCAGGAUUAUUUAGGAGAACAGAAGUUCUUAUUUGGCGAUGAAGUUAAAGCGGCAGACGCAGCAGUUUUUGGACAACUCGCCACAGUUAUUUAUCCAUUCCGCUGCAAAAUUAACGAUAUUCUGGAAAAUGAUUUUCCUCAGCUUCUGGAAUAUUGCGAGCGUGUUCGCAAAGAGAUUUAUCCAAAUGAUUUUGUUGAAUAA